AACUACAGGACUGAUAAUAAAAUUUACUUUGUGCCUCAACGCUGUGAUUACGUGUGACAAAUGUCGUAUUUUGGAUAAAUUUUUAAAAAAAUGUUUGGACUCUGUCGUCGUCGCGUACUUUUACAGCAACGACAACAUGCAAUUACGGAACUCCAGCGACGGAAUGUGCAAACGGUGUACGAGUUGACGGGACGACACAAAGAAAUUCAAGAAUUAUGUCGAAAAUUCGCCAAAACCGAGUUGAAACCUGUCGCUGCAGCAAACGAUCGUGAUAGCAGGUACCCGGAGCAACAAGUGAAGCGACUUUUUGAGCUUGGAUUGAUGGGAAUUUGCGCAUCGCCGGAUUUCGGAGGACUUGGUUUGGAUUCGUUGGCAUUUAGUGUCGCGAUUGAGGAGUUGUCGAGGGGUUGCAGCUCAACGGCGGUUGUUUGUUCCAUUCAUAAUGCCUUGUGUGUCGGAUUACUCGAGAAAUGCGGGACUUUGGAGCAGAAAAAUCAAUUUUUGAAGGAAUUUACGACAAAUUCUGUGGGAUUUUUCGCUUUGAGUGAAACGGAAGCUGGAUCAGAUGUCGUUGCGUUGUCCACAGAAGCUAAAAAUAAAGACGAAAGUUUCAUUUUGAACGGCAAAAAAGCUUGGGUGACUUCAGCGCCUGAAGCAAAAGCUGGAAUUGUUCUCGCUACAGUCGAUAAAGAGCUCGGGCAUUCCGGAAUUACAGCUUUUAUCAUCGAAAAAUCCUUUGCCGGCGUCAAAAUUGGACCAAAAAUCGACAAACUCGGUUUACGAGCGUCUUCGACGUCGGAUUUGUACCUGAAAGAUGUCAAAGUCCCGCAAAAAAACCUCAUCGGCAGUGUUGGCGAAGGUUUUAAGCUUGCAAUGAAUCAACUCGAGCUCGCAAGAAUCGGAAAAGCGUCAGUUGCGGUCGGAAUUGCUUCAGAAGCUCUUAAAACAGCAAUUUUGUAUGCCUCGGAAAGACGUCAGUUCAAUCAACGUUUGCUGACAAUGCCAACAGUCAAAAUUCGUCUCGCUGAAAUGAGUGCAAAAUUGGAGGCAGCACGAGUUAUUACGAGAACGGCAGCGAUUCAACGUGAUACGAAUGGAAAAUCCACAAAAUUGAGUAGCAUGGCGAAGUUUGUGGCGUGUGAAGCAGCGACGGAAGUUGCUCAUUGUUGCAUUCAGAUAAUGGGAGCGAUGGGAAUUGUAGGAACGGAAAAUGCGGAAAGGCUUUAUCGCGAUGCUCGAGUGACGCAAAUUUUGGGAGGCGUAACGGAUAUUCAAAAGUUGGUUGUUGCUGAUCAACUUAUCAGGGAAUAUCGGUUGGAUAGGAAAAUUGGGAAGGGAUUGUGAUAUUGAAUUUUGAUUUUUUUUUUGUUAAAUAUUUUGUAU